AUGUCCCUCUUGAACGUUGCCAUAAUCGGGGCCGGCCCUGCCGGCUGCCUUCUCGCGCGCCUCCUUCAUCUGAACGACAUCAGCGUGACCGUCUUCGAGGCAGAACCAUCAUUUGAUGCUCGCAGUCAAGGCGGGACUCUCGACCUGCAUCCCAAAACCGGUAUCGCAGCUUUGAAAGCAGCAAAACUGUACGAUGAAUUUGCCAAGUAUGCGCGAUUUGACGUCUCAGCCCCCACUGUUUCCGACAAGAAAGCUCAGCCGUAUUUCCAGCUCCCUCGUAUGUUCGCCUCUAACCCCGAGAUCGAUCGUCUUGAGCUUCGACAGCUGCUUCUGUGGUCUCUUCCCGACGGAAUGAUACGGUGGAAUCAUCGUCUAGAACGGAUAGACGAGAAUGGAAACUUGCAUUUUGCCCACGGCAUCGAGAAACAAUAUAACUUGAUCGUCGGCGCUGACGGGGCUUGGAGUCGGGUUCGUGCGGCGAUCACAUCCACAGAACCUGAAUACUCGGGCUUAUCAGGAUACAAUAUGUCCAUCCCUAAUGCCAAAGAGCACGCCCCUAAAACGUAUGGACUGGUGAAUCGCGGAUCAUUAUUCGCCUAUUCCGACGGCAAAUCUAUCAUGGGUCAGCAAAUGGGCGACAGAAGUAUCCAGGUGGCAGUGUACUCGCCGCAAGAAGAAUCCUGGGCGAAAGAGAUGCGGGUCAAGAAGCCGUCCAGGGAGGAUAUUUGUCAAGAAUACGACGACUGGGCGCCGGAGUUGUUGGAAAUGGUCAGAAAAACGGAGGGCGAUAUGCGGAUCAUGGCAUUGUAUAUGCUUCCCGUGGGAACGAAGUGGGAGUUGCGACGAGGUGUCACUCUUGUGGGUGAUGCGGCGCAUCUUAUGACACCGUUUGCGGGUGAAGGAGUCAACCUCGCGCUAGAAGAUGCGAUGAAAUUGGCUGAAGCGAUAAUCCGCACGAAAGACCAGGAUUUGCAGUCGCAGCUUGAUAGCGUGAUGCUGUAUGAGAAGGAAUUGAUGGAUCGAGGGAGCAAGGCCCAGGCGCUGACACAGAAGCUUAUGGAAUUGAUGUUUUUCACGGAGGGUGCACCGCGAGAGACUAUUCAGGACUGGAUUAUUGCGCGGGCUUCCUAUGACUGUGACCCUAGGAUGAGGCCGUUUCUUUACCCCUUCCUUGUUGCGGGAGUUUAUGGAUUUUAUUCGGUUUUCAAAUGGCGUAUUUGA